AUCCGAAACUCGUGCUUGGCUGAACCAAAACAUCGUCGCAGGCAGUGUGUGACCACUGCCACGCCAAGAUCUGUUCGCUGUGAUUCUAGUUGCAAUGGCUGACGAAGAACCUGUUGAUCAGAAGAGAUAUUAUGAGGACUCUUGCAAACCGAAGUGUGUGAAACCAUUAAUUGAAUAUCAGGCAUGCGUUAAAAGAAUCGGAGGUGAUGAUUCCGGGCACAAACACUGCACCGGGCAAUAUUUUGAUUAUUGGUCAUGUGUUGACAAAUGUGCUGCACCAAAGCUAUUCUCCAAACUGAAGUAACGGGAGAGACUUUAGUGUAUCACCAGCUUCUCAGAUUUUUCAUUUUCAAAUAACUACUCGUAGACACUUGAUUUUGGACUCAAAAACCAUACGCCUGCAUGUAUGGGCUUUUGCUGUGGUUGCUACGAAAUUUUUAAAACAGGGUAACCUUAGAUAUUGAUUAAUAAAAUCCUGUGAAAUUGUAUCUCUUGGAAAGUUUUGACUUUGGAAGGUUGGAUCCAAUAUUGAGUUUUUGGUGUUGAUGAUUCUGACCUUUUGAAUAAGUGGGUUUGUUGUAAUAUCUGAAUUGUGCGUCACAGCUGCUCUACAUAUGCCAAGAUACUCAGAUUUUGUCUGUUUUUCA